AUGAAUCUCAACUUCACCUCCCCUCUACACCCGGCGUCUUCUCAGAGGCCCACGUCCUUUUUCAUCGAGGACAUCCUGCUGCACAAGCCCAAGCCGCUAAGGGAGGUGGCCCCCGACCAUUUCGCCAGCUCUCUGGCCUCUCGGGUGCCUCUGCUAGAUUACAGCUACCCUCUCAUGCCCACACCUACCCUCCUGGCUCCUCACCCCCAUCACCCUCUACAUAAGGCAGACCACCACCACCCUUAUUUCCUCACCACCUCGGGCGUGCCGGUCCCGGCGCUGUUCCCGCACCCCCAGCACACCGAGCUGCCGGGGAAGCACUGCCGCCGCCGCAAAGCUCGCACGGUUUUCUCGGACUCGCAGCUCUCCGGCCUGGAGAAGAGAUUCGAGAUCCAACGCUACCUGUCCACGCCGGAGCGGGUGGAGCUGGCCACGGCCCUCAGCCUGUCGGAGACGCAGGUGAAAACGUGGUUUCAGAACCGGCGGAUGAAGCAUAAAAAACAGCUGAGGAAAAGUCAAGACGAGCCCAAAGCGCCUGAUGGGCCAGAGAGCCCGGAGGGCAGCCCCCGCGGCCUAGAGGCCGCACCCACCGAGGCUCGGCUGGGCCUGCCCUCUGGCCCCUUCGUGCUGACCGAGCCGGAGGACGAAGUGGACAUUGGGGACGAGGGGGAGCUGGGCUCAGGGCCGCACGCGCUCUGA